CGUACCAAUACUCUCAAAUUAAUCAUCUUUAUAUCCAUCAUAAACUUCAUAUCCUCCGUGUUCCGUUCAGUCAUGAAUUGUGAGUCAAAGCAGCAAUCUGUUCAUCCUCUUCUCUUAUGCCCUUAUGCAAAUUUUAAAAACAAGGAAGACGAGUUUCGAUGGAUACAUUUCAGAGAGUCACCAACUCUUCCCAAUGCCGACAAGUCUACAUUAUCAUCUUUGUCACACAUCUGUUCCUUAGAUUUGUGCAACAGCAAAGACGGUACAUAUGACGAGUUCUCAUGCCAGAUUUGUGAGAAACCUUUGGUCGGUACUUUAUUUUAUUCCUGCAAAGAAUGUCUUCGCGAAUUUCCAAUUGCUUUAACCUACUACCACAAAGAGUGUAUGGAGCCGAUACAAAAUCACCCGCAUCAUCCGAAACAUUCUCUCCGACUUCAAGCUAAUUAUUCGACCCAUAAAACUUGUGCUUACUUGCCAUCCAUCAUAAGAAUAUCACGUCAUGAACACCGCCUCUCUUUCACUUCUUCGCUAACUCCUGAAAAAUGGUUGUGCGGAGUGUGUCGUGGAAAGAUAGACACAAAUUAUGGAAGGUAUUGUUGCGUCAAAGAUUGCAGCUAUGGUGUUCAUUCUAAAUGUGCAACCAGAAAAGAUGUAUGGGAUGGAAAAGAACUUGAGGGACAACAAGAAGAUCCAUAUGAAGAUAUUAUUAAGUCGUUCGAUGAGAUAAGUGAUGGAGUCAUACAACAUUUCAGUCAUCAAAAUCAUCAUAUGAGACUCGACGAUAAGACCAAUAGAAAAUUUGACGAGAACAAACGUUGUCAAGCAUGCACACUUGCUAUCUGUGAUGAAAUUAUUUACAGCUGCAUGCAAUGUGAUUUUAUCCUCCAUCAAGAAUGUGCCCAUCUUUCUCGUAAGAAACAACAUGCGACGCAUCCUCAUCCCCUUACGCUACAAGUGGAUGAUAUAGAGGAUACAUUCAUAUGUAAAGCUUGUAAGCGUGAAAGCAAUGGGUUCGUAUACUUGUGUUGUGAGGGGAGCUGCGAUUUCAUAUUAGACGUACGUUGUGCUUCUUUAUCCGAGACAUGUGAUCGUCGAUGUCAUCCACAUCCCUUGUUUCUUACAUCUGACCCUCAAACUUCACAAAGUUGUUCGAUUUGCAAUAAACUUAGACGCCAUCGUCUAAACUGUGGAGAAUGUGGUUUUGUUAUGUGUUUUAAAUGCGCAACAUUACCUAAUAAGCUAAGGUACAAGCAUGAUGAACAUUUUCUCAUUUUUUCUUAUGAUAAGAAAGUAAAGGGUCAGUAUUUGUGUGAUGUUUGUGAAAAAGAAGCUGAUCCGAAUAAAGGGAUUUAUAUGUGCAAGGAUUGCAAUGUCAUACUGCAUAUUAAAUGUUUACUUGGAGAUAAGGUCAUGUAUGUGAUGCCUGGUAAAAAACUCAUAUUUCGUCAGUUAAAGAUUGAUAUUCUUCUCAAUAAUCGUCUUACUCGCGACAUAUGCAGCUAUUGCAAUAAUCGUUGUGAAAAUAAAGUCGUCUACAAAAUAUUUGAUAGAGAAAUAUUAUGCUCUUUUGUCUGUGUGUUGAAUAGUAAAACUUAAUGUAAAUAGUAUAUCUACUUUUCUCUUCA